AUGAGUACUACCGGUGCUGUUAAUACUCUAUCAACCGUAGACUAUGCGGUGUUUGCAUCCAUGUUAAUAGUUUCGGCGCUUAUUGGUCUGUAUUACUGGUGGACGGGUAGGGGAAAGUCGAGUGCCAAUGAAUUUCUGAUGGCUAACCGGUCGAUGAGUGUCCUUCCGGUGUCCAUGUCAGUGAUGGCUACAUUUAUAUCGGCCAUAGCUUUAUUAGGCUUCCCCGCCGAGGUGUACAUCUAUGGCUUACAAAACUGGGCUGUUAUGUGCAGUUUCCCAAUAGUCAUGUAUGUGAGCGCCUAUAUGUUUAUGCCUGUGUUCUAUGAACUUCAAAUUACCAGCACAUUUGAGUAUUUAGAUAAACGGUUUGGUAGAUCGGUUAGGUUAUUGGGUUCACUCAUAUACACAGUCAACAUGGAAUGGGAUUAUGGAGUCGUCUGUACUUUCUAUACGACUAUCGGUGGUAUAAAAGCCGUCGUCUGGACGGAUGUGUUUCAGACAACUCUUAUGUUUGCAAUGAUGGGUACAGUUGUGGUCAAAGGGGUGUAUGAUUUGGGAGGACUUCACACCCUUUGGGAUAUUAAUAAACACUUCGAUAGGACUGAGCUUAAAUCCAAAUCCAUUUAUCCGACACACAUUUUGGACAUAAACUGGACCAGCAUUUACGCCACUAAUCAGGCUGGAGUUCAGAGAUACCUGUCCCUACCUACCUUAAAAAAGGCUCAAAUGUAA